UACGUCGCUCGGAAAUGGCAAAUUACAAGUGGUAGGGAAGAGGAGUCGAAAGUUUGUGAAAGGUAGAAACGUUGAAGAAAUGACGAAUAGAGAAGACGAAUAUGACUAUCUUUUCAAAGUGGUGCUGAUUGGGGACUCUGGAGUGGGGAAGAGUAAUCUGCUGUCCCGCUUCACCCGUAACGAGUUCAACCUGGAGAGCAAGAGCACCAUUGGGGUGGAGUUUGCCACUCGCAGCAUCCAUGUGGAGGGCAAGACCGUCAAGGCCCAGAUCUGGGACACAGCAGGACAGGAGCGCUACAGAGCCAUCACCUCCGCGUACUACCGUGGGGCAGUGGGGGCUCUGCUGGUGUACGACAUCGCCAAGCACCUGACGUAUGAAAACGCUGAACGCUGGCUGAAGGAGCUGCAGGACCACGCUGACAGCAACAUCGUCAUCAUGCUGGUGGGCAACAAGAGUGACCUGCGCCACCUCAGGGCCGUGCCCACGGACGAGGCCAAGGCCUUGGCAGAGAAGCAUGGACUGUCUUUCCUGGAGACCUCAGCGUUAGACUCCUCUAAUGUGGAGCUGGCUUUCCAGACCAUUCUCACAGCCAUCUACAACAUCGUGUCCCAGAGGCAAAUGACGGGCCGCAGCGACACCGACUUCUCGCCCAACUCCAAUGUGGUGCCGAUCACUGUGCAGCCCACGCAGAACGCUGCCAAGUCGAGUGCCUGCUGCCAGAACAACUGAGGCCUCACCACCGCCAGGGAGAGUCAGGGACAGACAGGUAGACGGGGAGGGAGGACUGGGAGAUGAAGAGAAACCUAGAGACAAGGAUACAGGCAGACAGAAACAAGGGGAGAGAUACGGGGGGGGGGGGGGCAACCAAGUGUUUCUGUAGCCUCUUUGCAUUGUUUCUUCUGUGAAGUCUGUCCCCAUUUAAUUCAAUAAGCUUUAUGGUUAUGCCUUGACUUGAUCAGUUUUAAAUAUGAAAGAGGACAUGAUUUGAAUUAAUUUACAUGAAUUGAGAAAUUGAGCGUGUUAGGGCAUGGUCCGCCAUAUCUUUACACAGUUUUUGUCUCACUCAUUGUGAACUGAUUUCCCCCCCCCCCCCCCCCCCCCCCCAUUGUCAGCUCAAUUUAAUAAGCCUGUGAACACACCCAAUUCAAUAGCAAAAGGGCAAUAAGAUUCGGCAGCGAAGACCUGACUUCACUGCGAAGACCCCCCCCCCCCCCCACUAUAUUGAGGUCUUCUUUGACCAAAGGGUUUGUGCUAACAUGCAACACUGGGUGGGUUUGAUCUGAAGCUGCUUACUAUAUAUGAAGGGUGUCCUAUCUUUUUGUUCUUGAUUUCACUGGUAAUCAAAUCCUUUUAUGAUGGAGUUAUUAAAUGUAACUACCCUUGGCUAAUGGGGAAACGAGGAGUUAUGCCAUCUCAUCCCAAAUGUACCUGGUCGAAUGUCAGGCCAAUCUAAACUGCACAAAAUGGGGGUCCGUGGAGAACUUUUCAUGUCCAUUUUAUCAGUGCACUUCGACUUCCCUUUUGUCUUUACACAGAAUAAAGUUUGCUCUUCUGAUGAAACCCAUUACAAAGUACUUUGUGCGCAGCAAUUUCUCACAUCGGCCUUUCUUCUUUGCUAACAAACCAGUCUUGCCCCUUUACUGCCGUGAACCAUCCUUUUUUUUCUGGUUUAACUGAAUUGUCAUUUUCCCUGUGGCUGUGGAGAUAUGGGAGGGUGAUGAGGGGAUAUUGGUUGUAGUGGUGCUGGUCAUAUACCAUGGUCUCAGUGGAGCCCUCCCUGCUCUCCUGGAUGGACGGACAGCUCAUGUUGCAAGAGAUGGGUAGUAAGGACACUCAGCCUUGCCCGCUGCUGGGUCUCUGAUGUACACAAGACGGCUUGUUUUACUGUAAAUUAACUCCAUUGUAAACUGGAACAGUAUCAUGCCUUCUGGGAUAUCCCAUAAGAGUAUCCCAGGUCUCUUUGUAUGGUUUUAUUUAAUCUUUUCUGGGUGAGUAGUUCUGUCAUGUUGGUAAGAGUAAGCACUACGGAGGAUGCUAGCCCUUAUAGAUCUGAUAGAUUGGCAAAAGAGGGGAGGUGUGGGGAAAGUUUCAGGGUGCCAUUACCACAGCCAAAAGGUCAAGUGUGAACAGUCAUUAUCCUGCUGAGUUUUUUUUUUCGCCCUUGUGACAUUCCCAAUAGUAAAUUGGGUAGUAAAGGUUAGGUUUUUAAAAAUGUUAAUUCUCAUGUGUAUAUUUAGAUUGCAUAUGUAUAAAUAAAUGUAAUUUCUUAA